AUAUAUAAGAAGCGGACAACCCUGUUGGGACAUUCACUGGGAAUCUGCCUUGGUCUUUUCACUCGCCUCAACGCAGUGCAAAGAUAAGAUAAAGAAAUGGCCUUCGCUGGUGUCCUCAAGGAAGCCGAGGUGAAAGCAGCUCUGGAUGGCUGCGCAGCCGCAGACUCGUUCAACUACAAGAACUUCUUCAAGACGUGCGGUCUGGCCGGCAAGUCUGCCGACGACGUCAAGAAAGCCUUCCAGAUCAUUGACCAGGACAACAGCGGCUUCAUUGAGGAGGACGAACUCAAGCUGUUCCUGCAGAAUUUCUCGGCGUCCGCUCGCGCGCUCACCGACAAGGAGACCAAAGACUUCCUCACCGCCGGUGACAGCGAUGGUGACGGCAAGAUCGGAAUUGAGGAGUUCGCUGCCCUUGUCAAGGCAUAAGCCCCGCCCUCACCCCCCAGACCAAGAAGCCCCUUUGAUUUCACGCCCCACCAGGCGGGAUCCGGUAAUCACCAGCUGAAAGAAUAUUUUUUAUAACUUAUUUAUGAGUUGCCUGCGGACUGAUUCUCAACAUGGACAUGUUCUGAAACUCUUGCAAGUUGUACACCAUCUUUUGAGGCAGAGUGAAAAAAUGGGAAUAAAUACUCUUUUGGUGUAAAAAUCA